ACUGAUUAAACUGUCAAUCUAUAUAGUUGCUCUGUGGACUGUCAUUCAUUAGAUUUUGUUUGAAUUUCGUUUUAGGUUAAGUUUUGCCAAAAUUGUUUUUAACUUCAAACUUACACAUAACAAGUUUAGUAAACAACAAUUUUAUUUUAUUUUUUAAUUUAUUAUUUAAUCGAAUACUCACAUACUUGUUUACCAGAAGUCGGUACACUGUAGCUAUAAUAUGGUGUCGCCUCCCGUCGUUACAGGCAUUUCUCCCAAAGAAGGUCCUCCAGGAACUAGAGUUACAAUUCGAGGAGAAAAUCUUGGGAAAAAGCCACAAGAUUUAAUCAGUCUCACCAUUUGUGGAUGUGACUGUUUGCUCUCUGCAGAAUGGAAAUCACCAAACAAGAUAAUAGCAAGGUCCGGACCAGGGAAGGGCAGAGGAGAUAUAAUAGUAGUGACAGUCUCCGGAGGUAAAGGCACAUCUACGGUGCAGUUCCGGGGUUACCAUGAAACAAUCGGUCCUCUGAAAGAGAGUGCAGUGUGGGUGGAGGAAGCACCAUUACAGACAUUGGCAUGGGGACGCAGGUCGUUGUCUCCCACCAGCUACCAGAUGGAGGACCCUCUGGGACUGUCUGUUGAGGGAAAUGAGAAGAAAUUCCCAGAAGAUGACUUACAUGAGUUAUUUCCUGAAGGUUCAGGUGAUUUGGCAUCUGAUCAGUUUGAGCCUGGGUGGUUCUUGCUGGAGCAUCACCAUGGAACAUCUUUCGAUGACCUCCGUGUUGGACUGGGCUAUCUUAGACGUAAAGUAGAGGGGCAGAAAGAAGGCCAACUUUCAUUUUUGAAGGCAAACGUUGGGUCUGUGAUGGAACAACUCGAUACUUUGUUUAUUUUGAAAGAAAAAUUCGAGACUGAUGUGAUGGAAAGAGGAAUAGACCCCACAAUCAAAAUGGAAAAGGCUAUAAGAGACUCAAUGCUCGAAGCCAACAAGUUGUUUGAAGGAGUCCUGAAGAGAAGGGAGCGAGCAGAUGCCACAAGAAAUGCGCUUGGUGUGCUUCAAAGAUUCCGAUUCCUCUUCACUCUUCCGGUGACAAUAGAACGUAAUAUCCAGCGAGGGGAGUAUGAUGCAGUCAUUAAUGAUUAUGCUCGAGCUCAGAACCUUUUUGGAAAAACCGAAGUUGUGGUGUUUAAAAAAGUACUGAGUGAAGUUGAACAGAAGAUUAAUGACUUGCGGGAACUUCUGAAAGCUAAGUUGCAAGACAUGCCAACACCUCUUCAUGUGCAGAAGAAAAUAAUAAGGAACUUGGUACACGUGGACUGUGAGGGGGACCCAGUGUGGGAUGCUAUCAAUGUCCACUACAACUACAUCACCCAACAACUGACCCUGUGCAAGGAGAAACAUUUGGCUGCGGAGACCAGCUCGGAGGAAUCAGGAAAAACUCCAAAAAGUUCUAGGCAUUCCAAAACCCCAAGUGGAAGUCAAAUAUAUGAUUCACAGGACAGUGUACCACAUCGUAUCCACUGUGUGGAACAGCUGACCGAGAUCAUGCAUAUAUACUUGUCUGACCUGUGGAAGCUUGGCCAGGCAUACUUCUGUGGUGAGCUUCAAGUGCGACCUCAGCCUGGGAGACCUCAGGAGUUCAAGAAAAUUGUGAUGUCAGUGAUCAGCAUGAUGUGUGGAUAUUUGCGGGGUGCCAUCCUACCCCACACUCUGGACAAGCAGAAUCCUGAUCGGGCCAAGUACAUCUGGCCCACUGUGCGCGGUGAUGUGUUGUCUGAGUGGCUACCACACUGUCUGCGUUAUGUGCGCUCAGCGUACAGUCUGCUCAUCGGCCUCGACCUGCCAGGCGAGGCACUCGACUCUCUUGCUAAAUUGGUCUUUGAUCUUAGACUGUAUUGCCUGACAACAGCUUUGAAACAUGCAGCUGAUCAAGUAAAAUCACUUCAGACAAAAGAGAACUGGAACCUGGCCUUUGAUGUGAAAUACGGUGGCACUACGGAAUUGCCAGGACAGUUUGAAAAUCUGGUGUGUGAGGCUGUGACGCUGGUGAAGGAAACAGUGGUGCAGCCGGGGACCAGAGAGCAGCCACUGCUUGACAGCCCGGUAGUACAGAAAGAACUCUCCUCACUUAUGCAAACCAUCCUACUCAAUUAUGUUCAGGCGUUGGAGGGUCUAGUGAGCAGUAUGGAUGAUGGUGAUCAGUCAUCUGCUGUCAGUCAGCUGAUAGGCAGUCCUAGCCAGUACAGAGACCACCACCAUUCUGGCAUGGUGUGGGAGCAGCGUCUGCUGGCCACAUUAAGCAACUGUCGCUACUCGGCCGCAGUGGUACUCCCCCGCCUGUCUGAGCUGCUGGCCCGCCACGGUUAUCCCCCUCUGGAGGAACCUCUGUCCAGUGCAAGACUCCAGCUGGAGGCACUGGAGCGUAGGAUCAUCGACACAUACCUGGAGCACAAGUCUGACCCCCUAGUUGGCACCAUUGAGCCUUCCAUGUACUUGGGGAGGUGGGAUUGGGAUACAAAUCACACUCCAACAGAUCUCCGUCCCUAUGUCAAAGAAGUCAUUGCCAACUUGAUCGCUGUACAUGCUGAGGUGAACAGAUUGUGUCCAGAGCUGGUGAUUAGGGUGCUGUCACAGAUCACAGAGACUGUUGCUGAGGAGCUGUCUCGUCUUAUGUCUUGUGUGACCAAGUUCAGCUCAGCUGGGAGUCAACAGGCCAGGAUAGAUAUUACGGCACUCCAGCGAUGCCUCAAGCCCUUCACCCAGCACAGAGCACAAGUUUAUUUUGAUGAAGCCAUGGAAGCUGUACCUGUUUUGAAAGUUGAGGAUCAGAAAUUUGUCGAUGAAAUUCUCACUAAAUGUGAGUCCAGGAUGAGGCUUCAGCUGUGCUGUUUCCAUGGUUCCUCCGCGCUGAGUGUGAGCUGAACUGGCCUAAUAUAUCAACUUGUUUGUUUGAUGUAACUCCUAUAGUUUAAUUGUUAUUAUUUAUUACUACACUGGUCAAUGUAUGAGAUACAGCAGUGUAGCUCUAGACUUACUGUACAAAACAGGUAAACUUGUGUCCUGGGCUUACAGACAUGUUACAAAUUACUAACAUUAGUUUUCAUCAAAGAUAAUUAUUUUGAUAAUAAAUUAUCCAUGAGAAAUUACUAUAAGUGGUUAUAAUACAGUUAACUGGACUAUAAGUUCAAUUUAUAAAUAUAAAAAAUUGUAUAAAAAUAUGAUUAAUUAGUCAUUUUAUUUAAGAAUCAAUCAAAAUUGAUCUCACGAGGAAUACAUUAAUUUGAACCUUGUCAUAAACAUCUAAUGUAUUAGUUAAGUGUAUUUACUGCCUAAUAAGUUAUAUAUUUUGAACUAAUUUGAGCUAUACCAAUAUACUAUUUGUUAAGUCUUAUUUUUUAUUCAUCUUCAUUUGUAUUAUUUAUGUAUAUAACUAUCAAAUAUUAUUAAUAGAUACAAACUAUUGUUGUUAAUUAAAAGAUUAUUAAAAUAAUUUUAUGU